CUUGUGUCAUAAGCUUAACUAAAAGAGAGACAACGUUUCAAACAAAAUGAAAUUUAAUUGUGCAAUCAUAGUUUUGGUCAUAUUUUUGCUGAAUCAAAAUGCUUAUUCUGAGCUGGAAGUUGGUUAUUACAGCUACUCAUGUGGCAUGGCUGAGUUCAUUGUAAAAGAUGAGGUCAGAAGAAGUGUUACUAAGAAUCCUGGAAUUGCUGCUGGGCUUGUGAGAAUGCAUUUUCAUGAUUGCUUUAUUAGAGGGUGUGAUGCUUCAGUUCUUCUUGAUUCCACUCCCUCAAACACUGCAGAGAAAGACUCUCCUGCCAACAAACCAAGUCUUAGAGGGUUUGAAGUCAUUGAUAGUGCCAAGGCUAAACUUGAAGCAGUGUGCAAAGGAGUUGUUUCAUGUGCUGACAUAAUUGCAUUUGCAGCAAGGGAUAGUGUGGAAUUAGCUGGAGGGGUUGGCUAUGAUGUCCCUGCAGGAAGAAGAGAUGGGAGAAUAUCACUAGCUUCAGACACAAGAACAGACCUACCUCCUCCAACUUUCAAUGUUAACCAACUCACUCAACUCUUUGCAAAGAAGGGUCUAACACAAGAAGAAAUGGUCACCCUCUCUGGAGCACACACCAUUGGCCGCUCUCAUUGCGCAGCAUUCAGUUCCAGAUUAUACAAUUUCAGCAGCACUUCAAGGCAGGAUCCAAGUUUGGAUCCCUCAUAUGUAUCACUGCUGAAGAGGCAAUGUCCACAAGGCAGCACAAACCAGAACUUGGUGGUUCCAAUGGACCCUUCUAGCCCUGGAGUUGCAGAUGCAGGGUACUACAUUGAUAUCUUGGCAAACAGAGGCCUUUUCACCUCUGACCAGGCCCUCUUGACAAACACUCACACAGCCAGUCAAGUGAAUCAAAAUGCUAGGGAUCCAAAUCUGUGGGCAAACAAAUUUGCAGAUGCAAUGGUGAAGAUGGGUCAAAUUAGUGUCUUAACAGGUAAUGCUGGAGAGAUUAGAGAAAGUUGCAGGGUGGUUAAUAGUUAGAUGCGGUUGCAAACUACCGAUUAAGAUCCUCUCAUGUUACAUUGUAUUGUGAAGUGAAACUUUGUGUCUAUCUCUUAUAUAGACACAAAAUUUCAAAAUAAUUGUCAUGUGAAACUCACACAUGAGAGGAUCAUAAUCUUGUUGUAAGAUUUAUAGAUUCCAUUGCUUGUUUCAUUUGGUUUUGUACAAAGCAAACAAGUUUGCUUCGGUUUCUUUUCCUUUUGGCAUUCUUCUGUUGUCGCUGAUAUUUGUCCUUUGAUUCUUCUUGAUAUGGACAACUUGUAAGAAUAUCUCACGUUAUCCGAGUCAAUUUCAUGUUGCGUGAUUACAAAGAUCA